AUGUUUGGCAAUCCUAUUUUUAUAAGUGGUAUUCCUUAUAGACUUGAAGGAAAAAUUGGUCAAGGUCUCCAUAGUAUUGUUUAUGGUGGUCGUGAUCUAGAUGAUGAUGAACCAGUAGCUAUUAAAAUAAUAAAUUUUGCUCAUGGGCCAUUAAAUCCAACUGCUGAACCUAGAUCUCGUCAACAAUUAUUUUCGAAAGAACUUAACAUGCUAUUAUUUUUACAAGAAUUAAAUCCAUAUGUUAUUCGUAUAUUUAAUCAUGAUUAUAAUGAUGAAUAUGGAAUAAUUGUUAUGGAACGUGGUAAAACAUUUCGUGAUACUUUACUUGAACAUAUGCUUUCGAGAACACCAAUUCCACCAUUUCUUAUUCAUAGAUUUUGGUCACAAAUGGUUGAAGCUAUUUUUUAUUUACAUCGAAUUGGAAUUGUACAUGGUGAUUGUAAACCUGAAAAUUUUAUUCAAGUUGGUCCUGAUGGAACAUCAUUAAGACUUAUUGAUAUGGGUAUAAGUUUUCAAUUACCACCAAAUGUUACAAGUCAUUUACAUACGGCUGCGGGAACACCAGAUUAUGUAUCUCCAGAAAUGAUUAAUUCUCGGGUUGGUUACAGUGCUCAAUCAAAAUAUGGUUAUAAAGCUGAUGUAUGGGCACUUGGUGUUAUUCUAUUUGAAAUGGCAUUUGGUUUUCGGCCUUUACAAAAUUUAGGUGGUAAUCAAACUAAAUUAAGGUUUUUAGGACAAUUACGAAGCGAUAUAAACAUUCCUCCACAUCCUGAUAAAAAUCUACGGAAUAUUCUUAAACGUUGUUUAUGUUCAAAUCCUCGUCGACGUCCAACUAUCGAAAAGUUAUUAAAUCAUCGAUAUUUGACAGGAUGA